ACCCGGCGCCGCGGGCCGACCGCCCCCGCGAGGUCUGGGGCCCGAAGGCCGACGCAGUCGGGAACCGGGAGAAAUGGCUUCCCUUGGAUGCCGCCUGCACGCGCGCUGGGGUUUUAACCGCCCUGGAGUGCGCUGCUGUGAGGAUACGGCCGACCCCCGCCCCUCCUGCGGGGCAUGGAACGGGCCUUCCCUCCGGGGGAAACGAUGGCCUGUGGGAACGCAACGGUGUUGUCCUGAGGGCGGCCUGUUGCCUUGCCUCCGUGCGAUACAGUGAUUUCACUAGCUCGAUUGAUUAUAUUGGGGGGACUACAUCUCGUACAAAUGCCCCGGUCACACUUGCGGUGGAGGACAUCUCAACUUUAACCCCCUCCGGUACAUUUCAGCAUCAAAACUAGGAAAAAAUAGGAAGGAAUGGCUGUGGAGGAACUUCAUUCCAUAAUAAAGAGAUGUCAAAUCCUAGAAGAGCAAGACUUUAAAGAGGAAGAUUUUGGCCUGUUUCAGUUAGCAGGCCAAAGAUGCAUAGAUGAAGGGCACAUAGAUCAGCUAUUAGAAAUUAUUCAAAAUGAAAAGAAUAAGGUCAUCAUUAAGAAUAUGGGCUGGAAUCUUGUUCGUCCUGUUGUUCGAUGCCUUUUAUGGAAUGAUAAGGAACAUGAUAAAAGAAAGUAUUAUUUUCUGAUGCUUGAUUUAUUGGUAAAGUUAUGUAAUCCAAAGGAAUUAUUGUUGGGUUUGCUUGAGCUGAUUGAAGAGCCCUCUGGAAAACAGAUAUCCCAAAUUAUUCUUCUUUUACUUCGGCCAUUACAAACAGUGAUUCAGCAACUUCGUAACAACAAGGCAUAUUCAGUUGGAUUAGCAUUGUCUACGCUUUGGAGUCAGCUGUCUCUCCUUCCUGUUCCAUACUCAAAAGAGCAAAUACGAGCAGAUGACUAUGGCCUUUGUCAGUGCUGCAAGGCCUUAAUAGAGUUCACUAAGCCUUUUGUGGAAGAUGUCAUUGAUAACAAGGAAAACUCAAUGGAAAAUGAAAAAUUAAAGGAUGAAAUACUGAAAUUUUGUUUCAGAAGCUUGAAAUGCCCUUUGCUGACAGCACAAUUUCUUGAGCAGUCUGAUGACACUGGAGAUGAUCCUUUAAGGUGUUUUGCAUCUGAAAUAAUAGGAUUUUUAUCAGCAAUUGGACACCCUUUCCUCAAAAUGAUUUUUAAUCAUGGAAGGAAAAAGAAGACUUGGGAUUAUCUUGAAUUUGAGGAAGAAGAAGACAAACAGUUAUCAGACUCUAUGGCUUCUCUGGCAUAUCUAGUAUUUGUACAGGGCAUCAGUAUUGAUCAGCUUCCAAUGGUCUUAAGCCCAUCAUACCUUUUGCAGUUUAAUAUGGGGCAUAUUGAAGUCCUUUUACAAAGAACAGAGGAGUCUGUUUUCUCCAAAGGAUUGGAUCUGUUGGAGAAUGGUUUAUUGAGAAUAGAGGACAACAGUCUACUUCACCAGUACUUAGAAAUCAAGAGUUUUCUUACUGUACCUCAGGGCUUAGUCAAAGUAAUGACACUCUGCCCCACUGAGACAUUGAGGAAAAAGGGUUUAGCUAUGCUUCAGCUGUAUAUUAACAAGUUGGAUCCACAAGGGAAAUAUACUUUAUUUAGGUGCUUACUGAAUACAAGUAAUCACUCAGGUGUGGAGGCCUUUAUUAUUCAAAAUAUCAAAAAUCAAAUUGACAUGUCAUUAAAGAGAACAUAUAACAAAUGGUUUACAGGACCGCAGCUGAUUUCCCUUCUAGAUUUGGUACUUUUUCUCCCAGAGGGUGCUGAAACAGAUCUACUGCAAAACUCAGAUAGGAUAAUGGCUUCAUUAAACUUACUGAGGUAUUUGGUUAUCAAAGAUAAUGAAAAUGACAAUCAAACUGGAUUAUGGACAGAACUCGAAAAGAUUGAGAAUAAUUUCUUAAAGCCACUCCAUACAGGUCUUAAUAUGUCAAAAGCACAUUAUGAAGCAGAAAUUAAAAAUAGCCAAGAAGUCCAGAAGUCUAAAGAUCUUUGUUCUUUAACUGUAGGUAGAGAAGAGAUCCCGAAUAUGCCUCCUGAAAUGCAGCUUAAGGUCCUACAUUCAGCUCUUUUCACAUUUGAUUUGAUUGAAAGUGUUCUGGCUCGAGUAGAAGAACUCAUUGAAAUAAAAACAAAGUCUACCUCUGAGGAAAAUAAGGGAUAAAGUGAAAGCUCCAUCCCCUAAAUAAAAACUAGUAAUAUACUA